AUGGACAAACUCAUCGACUAUGCUGAAGAGGGUCAUAAACUCGAGACCCACGGCGACGUCCCGGAUCCACCAUUCGUAUUUGCUGCCACGGGUCUCAUGAUGGAAGCUGCCAUGAUCCAGACGCGAAUUCGUCAAAAGUCGCUCGUGUAG